AUGUCUCAAUUCAAACUCGUGUCCUCUACAAAAGCUUCCGAUGUGAUACCGGUAAAUAAAUAUGUGUCCAAUAAAACUGGACUAACUGUAAUAAUAGCUAAUGUGGAGGGGCCUACGGUUAAUGGAUUCUUCUGCCUUGCUACUGAAGCGCACGACGACGAUGGACUGCCUCACACUUUGGAACAUCUCAUCUUCUUGGGUUCCGAGCGUUAUCCAUACAAGGGCAUCCUCGAUUUAUUGGCCAAUAGAUGUAUGGCACACGGGACAAAUGCCUGGACAGAUACUGAUCAUACAUGCUACACUAUUGAUACAGCUGGCGAUGCUGGAAUGUUAACACUGCUUCCAAUAUACCUUGAUCAUAUUUUGAGACCCACUUUAACUGAUCAGGGCUUCACUACAGAGGUGCAUCAUAUAGAUGGAGAUGGUGAAGACGCUGGAGUUGUAUAUUGUGAGAUGCAGGGUAGAGAAAACUCGGCAGAUAGCAGAUGUGAGUUAAGAUUGCAGCGUGCAAUGUAUCCAGAUAGUGGUUAUUCCUCGGAAACUGGAGGUAUAAUGAAGAAUUUGAGAGAAUCUACAAAUAACACAAAGGUCAGAGACUUCCACAAGAAAUUCUACAGGCCUGAAAACUUGACAAUAAUCCUAACGGGUCAAAUAGAAGCGGAAGAUGUAUUCAAGGCGUUGUCUAUUGUCGAGGAUGACAUCAUUGCACAGAGAGAAAAGGCAGCUAAUGAAGAGUGGAUAAAACCAUGGCAAACCAUUCCCCCACCUCCACGAUAUGGAGUAUUGAAGGAGCAAUGGCCUGCUGAUACUGAGGACUGUGGUCAGGUUUUAUUCGGUUGGCGCGGCCCGUUGCUGACAGAAUCAUCUGCUAUAAAGGAUCUCACAGGAUGUGCGGUUCUGUUGCGCUAUCUGUGCGAUACCGCAGCUGCUCCACUACAGCGAUGCCUUGUUGAGCGUGAGGACGCACUAGCUGGAGAUGUCUCAUAUAACCUCACAGAGAACAUAGCCUCGUUAAUCAAGAUAGAAUUAGACAAUGUGCCGAUGGAUAAAUUGGAAGUCGCGCGAACGCAAGCUCAGGCGUGCAUAAGUAGUCUAACAGAAGGCGGUGAAGUGAUAGACAUGGAGAGAAUGAAAAGGUUACUGAGGAAGCAGCUGAGGGAAAGUAUCGCCAGUUUGGAGUCGGAUCCACAUCACGCAGUUGCUUUUAGGUGCAUUGGAGAUGCUCUGUAUUCGCAAAGUGAUGAAGAUUUCCGACUAAGAAUGAACCCGCAAGUGACUAUACAUGAACUGCUGGGAGAGACAUCCGAGUAUUGGUUGGGUUUGCUAAAGACAUACUUCACUAAUGACGUCAUCAUCGUUAUUGGGUCACCCAGUAUCGAGCUGCAAGCAAAAAUGGCUGAAGAAGAAAAGAAGCGCCUAGAAGAACAGAGAAUUAAGCUAGGGGAGAGUGGGUUAGCGCAGAAAGCUAAAGAAUUAGAACAGGCUAUGGAAUUUAAUGAGCGCCCUCCACCCCCUGGCACCUUGGCAUCUGUUCCUGUGCCAUCAUGUGACAAUCUGAAGUGCCAUAACUUGUCUACUUGGGCAACGGAUACUGAACCCUGCCCAUACUUUGAACUCAAAGAUGUUCCUCUAUACACAAGAGUACACAGUUUGAAGACUAACUUUGUUUAUAUAAAUAUUAUCCUAGACACAUCGGAUAUUGAUCAAAACACUCGAAAGUGGCUCCCUCUACAUCUAGAUGCGCUGGCGGAGUGCCCAGUUCGUCGAGGUGACGAACUAAUUCCGCACGAAGACGUUAUUUCUACUACUGAGCGUCUAACCGUUACGUUUAGUAAUAAUAUUGGGUUUGGGAAGCCGGGGAACUUUUCUGUGGGCCUGUUUGGAAACUUCGUUCACAUCGAGACAAGAUGUGAACCAUCAGAUUACAUUGAAGUUGUCAAUCACUUGUACGAAGUAUUGUACGCAGCCGAAUUGACCAAGGAAAGACUGCUGGUGUUUGCUCAAAGAUUGAUAAAUGAUGUUUCACAGGUACGUCGAGCUGGCCACAAAAUGGUGUAUGAUAUCCUUCGAGACUCGCUCUACAGUAAGGAUAGCAACAUGCACUGGUCUUCGGUUCUCCGGCAGCAGAAAUUCCUCAAAGAGCUGAUAGAACAGCUGAACGCUGGUGGGGAUUCAGCACAGAAUGCCCUCGCUGAGGCCAAGAAGACCAUGGCGAAUAUUACAGCCAAACCGUGGCUGCAUAUCGCAAGUGAUUUGGAAAGAUAUAAACUUAGUACGGAACCGUGGAAGCAAUUUGAAAGAGCGAACGAAAUUGUACCGGUUGCACCGAAGUUAUACUAUGAUUCAGAGCUAAUGUCGGGGUGGGGUGACGGCUUUGUGGUGGGAGUAGGCGGGGUAGAAAGCUCUUUCUUAGCUCAGCUGAGCCCGGGCCCUUCUGGUUACUCGCUGCCCGACGCGCCCUUGGCUGUAGCUCUCAACUAUUUUACUCAGCUUGAGGGUCCGAUGUGGCGAGAGAUCCGCGGUGGCGGUCUGUCCUACGGGUACGCGGUGCGCACUGCACCUAACGAAGCCAGUUUAUUAUUGUCGUUGUAUAGAGCGACGAAUACGCUAGCCGCUUACAAUAAGGCUAAGUCUAUAUUGGAGGAUUAUUUAUCCAGCGGCAAGUUUGACGAGGAAUUAUUCGCAAGUGCAAAGAGCACUGCACUGUUUGAAGUUGUUGAGAACGAGAAGUGUCCAGCUGAUGUCGUUAAACAGUCGCUCACUAACUACAUCAAGAGGGUGGGGCCGAAAUACAACAGAGAAUUAACGUGCGCAAUAGCAGCUGUGACUCCAGAACAAGCGCACGAGGCUGCUGCACGCUGGCUGCCAUCUCUGUUUGACUCGAAGAAAAGCAAACUGGCUAUUGUUUGUCAUCCAAGUAAAACCAAGGAGAUGCAGGCUAGUUUCGAAAAAAUAAAUAUCAAAUUGGAAGCAUUCGAAUCAAUGGAGGCAUCUCAUUUUAAUAAAUAA